AUCUCGAGUGGCCAAGCCUCGGGUCAACUGAACGUCGAUUUCGUCGGCUCAAAUUUACCAUAGUACCAUCUUCCCGCUUCAAAAUUCGUCUGCAUCCCUUUCAGUGGUAUUCUCCGGUUCUGUGUGUGCGAGCAGCGCUCUAAUCUUUCACCAGGGCACAUAAUGUCGCCUGUUUGCAUUUCGUAUACACACCACUCUUCUUCCUUACGUCUACCGUAGAUGUGUGCAAGAGGAAUGUGCACUCGCUGGUGUUGGUAUCGCGCGCGGGAUUCUCAUUUACGCGGGCUUUUGCGUGUACGGGUUGUGUGCAUCGGUGCUGGGUGCGUGGAUGUUAAUCGUAUCCCGUGGAGGAAAUUCAGCUGUAUUUUGAGGCCUCUGAAAUACCGAAUAUGAUAUUCUUCAUCCUAAGCUAACCUUUAAAGUUCUCAAGGUAACCUUCCUUGAAGUGAAGCAUCCGUUGUGUUACACCAGACAGGAAAACCUCUUGGAAAGGUCACCGAUUGUGUGUUUACUAUAUAGGCGGCAAAUCUAUAGUUUUAGCUGUGAAAAGAGAAAAUGUGGAGAGCGAUCGUUCUAUUGCUGGCCUCCAUAUCUGCCUUUAUUCAUCAGUCUUCAGCAUUCGCUGUGGCCUUACGAAAGCUACAAUGCAAUGCGGGAUUCUACAAGUAUCCGAUUUGCGCAGACACCCCAGCCGGGUAUUGGUGCGAAUGUGGGACCGGGUUUGAGUGGAAUAGCAAUAUUUGCAUGACUGAAUCAGUGGAUUCGCGUCUGGACUUCAGGCGGGAUCUAUCGAGUUACGCCAUCAUCCUUGGCAAGAAUAUGCCUCUCUUUGAAGCAUUCACAGUCACUGCCUGGAUCAAUGUAGACCAAAAUGUUACCAGGCAUGAACCUACCCUGAUGGCAUACUCCGUCGGGAUGGAGAAUCAGUUCCACAUCAGCAUCGGCAACGAUUUCAUCAUCGGUAUUGGCGGGAACAGGCCGCAGAGAGCAAGGAACUGGGGUCUUGAGGUCGGCAGGUGGGUCCAUGUAGCAGUCACCUGGGAUAGAGAUGGAUCGUGGACCCUUUACAAAAAUGGCAUCCGGAGAGGAGGUAACAACCAACUCCCCAUCGCUGAUCACCUCAAAGCCGGUGGUGACCUGACAAUAGGUCACAUGAUACAUCACUUGACCAAUCACAGCCUUGGGUUCCUGGGCCAGCUGAGUCACGUGCAUUUGUGGAAUGAGAUAUUGAAUGUGACGUAUAUCCGGACGAUAGCCAAUGAUUGCACCUUCACCUACUGCGGGAAUGUAGCCGAAUGGGUGGACUUCAGAAGUGGCACGAGAGGAACAUCCAAACUGCGCUGGCCCUCCGGAGUGUUCGAUGAAUGUCUGGUCAACAAGGCUGAAGCUUGUGACAGUCACUGCAGUGAAACGAACGGUCCUCAGUGCAACCAGGAGUAUGCCAAGAACAUCCUGUGGCCUCGCACUCCUACAGGCCAUAACUCAACUAGACCAUGUCCUGGCAUAUCGUCAGGAGAAGCAAAUCGAAUGUGUAUGCAAGAAGAAAACAUUGGUAUUUGGAUGGAGACUAACUUCUCGACGUGUGUUUCGUCAGACCUUCGCGAUCUAAAAGAAGAGAUUGAAAGCAACAUAUCAGACCUCAACAUCCUCACGUACCUGGAGCGCCUUUACAACUCGACGUCAUCGAAGAAGACAAACCCGUCUGACUUGUCGACCAGCAUCACGUGUUUACAACUGAUCGUAGAUGCUCAGGCGAGGGCGCUCUCUAGUUACAAAUGGACCGAUAAUAUGUUGAAGUUCAACAAAAAUGCAAGGAGACCGGCUUAUCCGUGGAUUGAGGAGACAAACAAAUUCGUCAGGUGGGUAACGGACACCGUCGACAACAUCAUCGACCAGCGUAACGACGUCGCCUGGAACGCAACACUCCCUCGAGGGGCUCAGGCGGUCGAACUUUUGAACGUCAUGGAGAAGUUCGUCAAUCUCUUUGCUCGCAGUUUCCUCCGUCACAUCAAGCGAGGAGACAUCACUGAGGAAGAGGGGCAAAAGGCUUUCGACAGGCAAAAUAUUGCCAUUUACGUGGAAACAGUGCGGCCUUCCGAGUUUGCGGGAUCUUUUUUUCCUGACAUCACCAAGCGUAGUAUGUCUUCUAUGAACCCCGAGGAAGGGAGGGCUCUUAUACCAGAGACACUCUUUGAUAACUUGCACACUGAUCUCCAAGAAACCAGAAUGGCCGUCUUUUACGUCCGAUAUGAGAAAAUUGCAAGAUAUUUACCAAAUCACCCUGAACAAGUUAUUGUCAAGUACUACCGUGACAAAGAAAAGGAACACAGACAUAAGGAUGACAACGUAAACUCGGUGGUCAUAACAACGGGUGUCUUUGCGGAAAUAGACGUCCAUGAUGCAUUCGCUAAUCUCACCGACCCCGUCGAAGUCAAUUUCAAAUUCACCGAUUCAUUCAAUAUUUCGAAUCCAGAAUGUGUUGCGAUCGACAUAAGUGGCGGAUCUAAUAAUUGGCGUUGGCGCCUAUCUGAGCUCACCAACAUUUCCGAGGGUGAAUUCGCAACCUGCUUCUAUGACCAGCUCGGCACUUUUGCAGUCACCACAGACAUGUAUAACAUAAAUUGGGACCCGGGAGACCCACCUCGUUUUGUGAUGACAGCUGCUGGGUACAUUGGAAUCCUGGUCCUCAUCACCAUGCUCAUUAUCUCGCUCUCAGUAUUCUUUUAUCUCAGGUGUACAACUGACACAGUCGCGGUACAUCGCAACUUGGCAGUCUCACUCAUAGUUCUUCAUCUUCUUUUUAUGAUCGGUAUUACGAGACAAGAAAAUGCUACGGUUUGCAAGAUCUUUGCAAUUUCGAUACAUUUCUUCUUCACCACGUCAUUUUGUUGGAUAUGCAACGAGGCUUUUAAUCUGUACAUCGAAGUAGCAAACUCAAUCCACGCCGACACACAACAGCAAAGACCAAUGCUACGUUAUUAUGUCAUCGGAUGGUUCGUUCCUGCCGUCUUAGUAUUUUCUCUUGUACAAAGCAAGUGGGAAACCUACUUCUCUCCCGAUGUAUGUUUUAUCAACUUUGAUCAUAUAUGGCUUUUUGCUGGACCCGCAGGAGGCUUCUGGGCCAUCACAGUAUUUGUAUUGGUAUACACGGGCAAAGACAUCAUGGAGAGCUCGUAUUCAAAGGACAAGGAAGCUAAUAAAGUAAUCAGUAAUCACUGCAAAGGCUGUUGGAUUCAAGUUGUUCUCAUGGCCAUAGCAUGGGCUUUUGCAAUAAUCUCAGUGGAUCUGUACAGUAUCAUACCACAGAUCCUCUUCGCUAUGUUUGCUAUACUACAGGGGGCUUUCUUCUUCGUCUUCUUCUGUACACUCGAUGGAGAGAUAACAGAGAUAUUAGCAGAGAGGCGCUCGUCUAUGGGAUUCAAUGUGUCUCCACAUGGACUUCAAAGAUCUACGAAGUACAGCGUUUACAGAAGAUAUUUACCGCCAAGGACAAGUUCUAGACGGUCACAGGCGCCCUCUCACAUCCAUAGUCCAACUUCACACGGAAGUAAUCCUUACCCACCCUCGGACCGGCCCCGUGAAUCACUUGAACUUCAGUCUCAGCCGAGGGAACGCGGUGGCAGCUGGCAAGGGGGCAGCACAGACACCAAUCCUGGCGUCGGCACCGGUGGCGGCGGUGGUGACCGCAGCCCUUCCUUAGCCCGAUGGGGUUCGACUGCGGUGCAGGCACUUCGGCGGCAGCAGCAUUUAGCAAGGAAGGACAGUGAUGCUAAGCGUGAGGUACUGUCACGCUUCUUUCGAGAUGACGAAGUUAGGGGGGCUUUAGACCCCCCUUCGCCGAUCCCAGAGGCAGACAAUACGAAUGCAGAUGAAGAGGAUCGUCUUGUUACUUCCGUGUGAGCGUCAGCUAAUGGGGUCGGCGAAAUAUUCCUUCGAAAUAAAAACGAGCAUGCUAGGAACCAGUCCAAGCAAUUCCCAUUUCAGGCGAAGCAGGAAUUGUCAUUUUAAGCAUGCCCCUACUGCAUGUUUUGAGCGAAUUCUAAUAUACAUCCUCGACGGAGUGCCAUGCGAGAGGAGUGCCCUCUAAACGUGCUAAAUGCGCGUUUCGUGGUCUGUAUAGUCAUACAGGUACAUGAC